UAACUAGUCUCGGGAUUUUACUUGAGCUUGGGGAAGUCCUCUAGAUUCUUCAUAGCAAUCAUAAUUCGAGACGCCGACGUUAUUUCGUUGGAUGUAAAGAGCAAACGUUGGAGUGUGAGACAGAAAAAAUAUUUCCCAUCAUUCAACGGUUAACCAUUCAACAUGGAGGACCUAGUGGUCGAAGUUUGCAGUCCGAACGGUAUUUAUUACAAGGCAUUUGUGAAGAAUGUGUAUGAAGAUGAAAUCCUUGUCUCCUUUGAGAACGACUGGCAGCCGGAGCAGAGAGUCAAGUUCUCCAAUGCCAGACUUCCUGUGCAGGACCAGGGCAAACAUAGAGACUAUAGGGACGGGGAAAAUGUUGAGGUAUUUACAAGUACAAAUGAAAAGGAACAGAUGGCUUGGUGGCCAGCAGUGCUGAAGAUGUUGAAGGGCGAGUUUGCAGUGAUAGAAUAUACUGGUUAUGACUCAAAGUACACAGAUAUAGUCCCACUCGAGCGAGUUAGACCUCUCAACUCAAACCCACCAAUAGAUAAGAACACAUUUCACAAGUUUUCUAUAGAAGUCCCUAUUGACCUACGAGAAGUGUGCCAAGAUGACCAUGAACAUGCUGAAUUUAAGAAACAUAUAGGAGGAGGUUGUGUGUGUUUUGAUCAUCAGGAAGGGACUCUAAAUGUUAUGUCGCUGAAUGAAUCUGUGAUAAAGAGAGCAUCCAUGUUGGCUGAUAUGCACCUUCGCAAUGUCCGACAAAAGUUAAUGCUUAAAAAGAGAACAGAGGAAGCAGUCCAAAGGCUUCAGAGUACCAAAAUUAGGUCAGGUUAUACUGAAGAGUUUAAAGUUCGUGAUGACCUGAUGGGGCUGGCUAUCGGGACACAUGGUGCUAAUAUACAACAGGCCAGACAUGUAGAUGGCAUCACCAAUAUAGAACUGGAUGAGGACACAUGUACUUUUAAAGUUCAUGGAGAGUCUCAAGAAGCUGUGAAGAAGGCAAGAGCCUUGCUAGAGUAUGUAGAGGAAACGUUUCAGGUUCCAAGAGAGCUAGUAGCAAAGGUUAUAGGUAAAAAUGGCCGCAACAUCCAAGAUAUUGUGGACAAGUCUGGUGUGGUGCGAGUAAAGAUCGAGGGUGAUAACGAGAAUGAUACGCCUCGUCAGGAGGUAAUGGCGUCACUGGGACAAGUACCAUUUAUAUUUGUUGGAACUCAAGAAAGUACAGGAAAUGCCAAGAUUCUACUGGAAUACAAUUUAGAUCAUUUGAAGGAAGUUGAAAAAUUGAGAUUGGAGAAGUUAGAAAUUGACCAACAGCUAAAGAGUUUAGCGGGACCCCAGACUGGACCAUACUUUCCACCUAACAGAGAAAGGAGGGGGAGUAAUGACCCUUCCUCAGAUGACCGUGGAAGACGAGGGUCAGGAAGGGGGCGGGGCAGAGGAGGAAGGAGAUGGGCCAAUGAGAGACGUACAUACAACACAGAUGAAUCAUCUCCAGCACCUAUAGCUGAUUGGUCUGAGGAGAUGAAUGCAGAAGAUAACCGUCAAUCUGGUUACUACACAGAUAGUAUUUUGACCGGGAGGGGACCCAGAGGAGGGGGAGGAGGAUACAGGCCCAGGGGUAGGGGAGGCAGGUACCCCAGGGGGUCAGGGUACUUUUCCAAUAGGUCUUCAGAUUAUCAUGACCAACGUCGGUAUAGAUCAGAUAGACCCAGUUACUCAACCAGCAGACACAUGGCAUAUGAUACAGAUGAAUCCCGGGAUUUACGCUCCCGACGUAGGAUGACAGAUGAUGACGAUACAGUAUUAGAUAACGCCAGUGUCACCAGUCAAGACCAAGACGAUUAUAGAGAUCAACAGAGACCCAGGAGAAAACGAAGGAAUAGAAAUCGUCCCUUUGGUAACGGAAGUGCUGCAUCGGGUACAGAAACGGACAAUAGUGUUUCUAAUUAUCGGCCAUCUGGAGGUCGGCCGUCACAAUUUCAGAAUGACACUUCUCAUAACGUGAAUUCAGUAAAGACUGAACCAUCAAAAGUGAAAACAGAACUUGAAUCCAAACCGUCUGGGCCGUCCAAGGAAGGUAACAGUAGUAAUAUAGGUAGUACAAAGCCUGUCAGUCAGUCCAAUAAACCAAACUGGAAACCAGGAUCAGCUCCGCCUCGAGAACAAAGAAAACCUGCCCAGAAGUACUCACCCUCAGCAAGGAAUGGAACAAGUGGCUCAGAAUCUGAUUCUAAAGCCGCUAAAACCAAAAACAAUUCUUCUAGUAGUCAACCAAAAGAGCAAAUCGUUAAUGGAGAGUAAAAAAAGUGCUUAAUUAGCCCUGAUAGGAGAAAAAAAAUGGAGGAUAGCUGCUCAGUGGAGCAGGUCAUCCUUUUCUUCCUCCUUCUACAGGAGAGUGCUUUGUUACCUAGGAAAUUAUUCAUGACAUUGUUUAGUGUUUGAGAAUUAAUAUUUAAGGAAUCUGUUGUCUCUUUGGAGAUAGUGUUUGCUAUGCAAUAUUUGUCAGUUUGCCCAUAAUGACUGUUGCUGUCUUGUUAAAAAAUUGACUUUUAAUAGAAAUGGUCUGAUACCUUUAUACAUGUAUCUGUUGGACUUUAUCUUGAACUUUGACCUAUGGAAUUCCAUUUUUUGCUCUGUCCCAAAGUUUUGCAUAAUAAUGUUGAUUCAGUAUGGUGACUCUAUUCAGACUUCAUGUGUAAAACAUAUAAAGUUAUAGAUUUAAAGAAAAUUUUGUUAGAAAUUAAUAUUGAUGAUGUAAUAGACUUGAAAUGACUCUCAUUGAUGCUCACAUGUAGUAGUGAUAAAGUGUAUGUCAAAAUUAAGUAAUGUGACUUAAUUAUAUAAGUGUCUUGGAAUGAGUGAUACAUCUGCUAUUAAUUAAAUAUAUUUCUGAGCUAUGUAAUAGUAUUCAAAAUUUAUAUGAUAUACUAGCUUGAUAUCGUAAAAUCAUUCAUGUAAGUGUUAUUAACAUACAAAUUGACUUUUCCGUUGUCAUAUCCACAUAUCUGAAUCUCGGAUUACUUUGAAAUAGCUUAUUUUUUGUGUAAGAUUUUUUUUUCGUUCGAAUGAAUGACAACAAAAAAGAAAUAUAAACUUUCUGUGAAAUGUUAACCAGGAGAUUAAUAUCACCAGGAAUUUAUUUUUUAUUUCAUUAAUUUUGUGAUCAUAACACAGUAAAGAUCGAUACAUUAAUUAAUUUUCUGUUUCAAAAUCAAUUUAAAUACAUAUAUGAGGGACAUGUA